UCUAGUACAUCUUGAAUAUCAGAAAAACUCGAGCAUAAAUGAAUUGACACUUCACAUGAGUGACAUUUGCUCUAAAUUUCUAUCAAUCGUUUCUUAGUAUCUAUGCAAAAGAGGUUAUGUUAUGUUUCGUAAAACUUUAAAUGUUAUUUAUUUUUAUAUAUUAUUUUCUACGUGAUAUAUUAUGUUCUUUUUAUUAAUUUAGUCUGAUCAAUUCAAUGCAAUUUUAUGCAUGCAAACGAAUAUAAAUUCUUCUACAUAUUUUUUUCUAAAAGGUUAAACAAAUUAGGAAAAGACCAAAAUGUAUGCUUUAAGAUCUCUCUUUCAUAUUCGACCAAAUAAAACUUUACUGAACAAAAGCAUGUAUGUAAUUCAUAAAAAAAUAGAAUUAACAGUAUGUAAUGUUUUAUGUAAACUUAAACAUACUGUAGAAAUAUUUGAAUUUAUUGAAAGCGAAGAAGAGGAUGAAUUAUACAAAGUAAUUUCUAAUCAGUAUCUAGGAGUAAUAGCUGGAGGGCAUAAAGUUUUUCUAUUGCAACCGUAUAUAAAAUGGGGUAAAGAUAAGAAAAGAAAUACUACGCCAGAAUUGCAAAUGGCUGAAUCUGUAGCACUCGUAGAAAGUUUACCAUAUUGGAAAGUAAUAGAUAAAGCAUUUGCUCCAUUACUGUCGUUUCAAAAAAAAAAUUUAUUGGGUUCAGGUGGACUUGAUAACCUUCUGAACAAAAUUAAACAAAACGGACAAAUUACAGCUGUAUUUAUUAGUAUAAAUUUAUUAAAACACGUACAGAGAAUGGAACUUCAAAAUAUUUUAGGUUUGCCUAUUUAUGAUCGAUAUUCAAUAAUUAUACAUAUAUUUCGUGAACAUGCUAAAACGCCAGAAGCAAAAUUACAGGUAGCUUUGGCCGAAUUGCCAUAUAUUUGGAAGAAAAUGGGUGAAGUUUACAAUCAACAUAGUGGUCAAAUCAAUUUUGAUGAAAAUAGAAAAAAAUUGUUGAGAACUCGUGAAUCCAAGCUAAAAAAAGCAUUAGAAAAAUUGAAAGAAAAUAAAAAAUACAGUAGGAAUCGGAGAAAAAAAUUUGGAUUUCCAAGCAUUGCCGUGGUUGGAUAUACAAAUGCUGGCAAAUCAUCCUUAAUAAAAGUAUUAUCAGAAGAUGAGAGUUUAAAACCAAGAAAUCAAUUGUUUGCCACAUUGGAUACAAUUUGUUAUGAAGGCUUACUUCCUUGUAGACAGAAGGUGUUAUAUAUGGAUACGAUAGGUUUUAUUCAAGAUGUACCAGAAAUGUUAUUAGCACCAUUUAUAGUUACUCUUGAAGAUGCUAUAAUCUCUGAUGUUAUUGUGCAUGUCUUUGAUAUUAGCCAUCCUGACAUGAAGGCACAGUUUCAACAUGUAGAAAAAGUAAUAAAACCUAUGUUAAAUGAACACCAAUCGAUUAUAUAUGUGGCUAAUAAAUGUGAUCUUAUUGAAAAGCUUGACAUAGAUGAAAAUACAAUUGCUAUAUCUUGUAAAGAUUUGACAGGCAUUGAUGAAUUAAAAUUAAAAUUAGAAGAAGAAAUUCUCAAAGCAACUGGAAGGUCAGUGAAACGUAUUAGAGUAAAGUCUGGCAGUUUAGCAUCAACAUGGUUACAUAAAUGGACAACGGUAAUAAAUUUAGAACCGGACACUGAUAAUCCUGAAUAUAUGUUUUUCGACGUUUUAACUACUGAUUUAACAAUGAAUGAAUUUAAGCGUUUUUUGAAACAAUAAAAUUCUAUUACGGUAAUGCAAGUUCUCCCUUGUAAUGUUUUAAAAAAAUUAAUAACAUAUAUGUAUAUACGUAGUUCUAUCGAUAUGCAUUUGUUAUCGAAAGAUCAUCUUUUUUUACGACUCAUUCGUAACACAUGCAUAGCACGUGUCUUCCGUUCGGCGGUCUUCUAAAGAACAGAUGUAUAGUACACAUGAGACAGAGAGGGGAGGAGAGAGAGAGAGAGAGAGAGAGAGAGAGAGAGAUUUAAAAUAUUAAAUCAACAAAUCUAUUCGUUGAAAAGAUUAAUUCGAGAAAUCUAUUAAUCAUUUUUAAUUUAGGAUCGUUAAAUGUGUAAUCGUAAAACUUAUAAUAAAAAGCGAAGAAGAAAAUUUCAAAGCAAAACGUUAUCUUUUGGAAAUUUGUUUUGGUCUGUGUAUUUUCAUCGAAUAAUAAAAUAUAUGUAUGCCGAAAGAGUAAUAAAAGCUUGAAGAGAA